AAAAAGUUAAUUCUACGGAACUGUGCUGUGCUACGGAAAGUUACGGAAACCAAACAAUUUUGUAUUUUUUAUGAUUUUUAUCCAUAAGGUAGAACAGAAAGUAAAACUUGUGUAAAACUAAUUAGCGUCCAGUGAUGUAACUAAUAAAAGUGCUUUAUUAAUCGUAAAUAAUGUUCCGUUCGCCAAGAGAUGUCGGGCUUGUCCCACCAGUCAAAGUUAAUGAUAACCCUUACGAAAAAAUUGAAGUUGAGCUGUAUGGAUGCGAUAUGUGCCACGAUGGAGGCUGGACGAGCGAAACUGAGGUGGAAAUACACAAAACCAAGGUUCAUUAUAAGAAGGCAUUUAUGAACAAGCUGAAGAAAAGGAACGACUAUUGCUUCAUAUGCAUAAAGCAGUGUGCAGACAAGGAGUCAGUCGUCAAACACAUAAAGUCAGAGCAUCUACUGAGCACGGAAACCUGUCUCCGAGUGGAACGAGAGAUCUUCAUAUGUGAUGAAUGCUCCGCCAUAUUCUUCAACAAGGAUAACCUAAUCAUACAUUUGCGCUACGCUCAUUUGGACAUGAGCCAAAUGGAUCUUAUAAAAUGUCUGAUCUGUCAUAGAAACAUCCAAGUACGGAACAUGCCGGCCCACUUUUAUAUGCACAACAUACAGAGUGUCUCUACGUGUAGGAUAUGCUUAUGUAAAUGUCUCAACACUAAAGCCCUAAAACAACAUCUAAGGUUGCAUCCCUACUACCUAAAGUGUGACAUGUGCUAUUAUGACACUACUCGAGUCGAGUCAUUCCAGAGUCACAUUCUAGCAAGGCACAAAACCUCUGCAAAGAAUAAGGAUCCAACAACAGAUGACAAAGAAUUAAUGACAGUUGAUAACCCAGCUGCUAAGAAUUUAAUGACAGUUGAUACAGUCACGAAGAUCGAGCAUGAUGAAACAGACCAAAAUUUAAUGAUAGAGGAUGUAAAAAGUGAAAAUUUAAUCGAGAGUGAUACAUUGGUUGAAGGCGAUUUUUUGACAGUCAUUGAAAUAAGUGACAUGGAUACAGUAACAGAUAUGAUGACUAUCAAGAAUUUAAUGGCUGGUGAAGCUUUGAUAUCGAAAAGUGAGGAUAGAAGAGCAGAGGAGGAAGAAGAGGUUUUAAUGACAGGUGUAAAAAGAAGUAAAAGGAAAUUGAAAGGCAUUAAAAGGAAGACUAAAAAGAAGAAGGGAAUGUCGACUGAAAUUGUGACAGCUUUGACCGAUGUAAUGAAUGAUUUUGUGGUCCAAACAAAUGAUGAGGAUUUGUUAAAUGAAAAUCCAGUUGGUAACUAUGAUACAAAUCUAAUGAUACUCCCAGAUUUAAUGACAGAUGACAUCAAAGAUCCAGAUUUAAUUACAACUGGUGUAAGAAGUGAAAACAAUAUAAUGUCAUUAUUCGAGAGCAGUGACAAAGAAAUCGCUGUGACAAGUAAAAAUUUUAUGACGGGUGACACCAUCAAAGAGGAGUUGACAGAUCAUUCGGAUUUAAUGACAGAUGAAGUAAUGAGUGACAGUAAUUUAAUGACAGUGAUUGAAAUCAGUGACCAUGGUUUAUCCACAGAUAAUAUAGAUGUUGACACCAAAAAAAAUUCCAUAUCAAACGAAGUUGAUAAAUCUAGUAAAAUAGCUGACACAAAAUUGACAGAUGCAGAAAAAACUGUCAAGGAUUCAAUGUCAAAUAACGAAAUAGAUAAUUUUAAAAGAUAUUUCAUACCAGAAACUCCAUCCUAUUUGAGACUCCAAAGCAUUGCGGGGGUUAGAGGUAUAAGAUUGUCGAAUGAUGUACACAUAUGUAUAUUGUGUAGGGAAGUCUGCGUUGGUUUGGAAGAAAUGAGGUUGCACAUAAACGAACAUGCAGUCAAAAAGGAGAAAAUUAAUCAUUAUGAAUGCACUUGCGGUGAAAAGUUCACGAACAAGGUUUUAUUGAAGUAUCAUGCGUUUAAAAGCAAACAUAACAUAUAACAGGUACUUAUCAUUUCGCUAUUUUUAAUGAAAGCAAUGAUAGCUUUAAUCAGAGCCUCGAUAGCUCAAUGGUUGAGGAGCGGACU